AUGGAAGUCAUGGCAGAAUUGAUUGCCAAACAAUCAGAAUUGGGAAAACAAAUCCAACAACUGAUCACUAACUUCAAAAAGGACUCAAAAGAGAGGAAGACAUCCCCUCGAUACUAUGAAGAGCGUAUUAGGCGACUCAACGAAUUAUGGGAACAAUUUGACCAUAACGACACACAAAUCAGGAAUUUGCCAGAUUUGGAUACGAGCGUUGCAUAUUUUACCAGCAACUACUUUCAAGAAAUCAAAGAAUUAUUUGAAAAAUAUGAGCAGAUUUUCGAAAAUGAAUUAUCAACCAAAAUACCUCCAACACCUUCCUCAAAGGAGUCAGCAACGACAGCACGUCAACCGAUGCCGUCACCGAGGGAAGGACAAUAUAGCACAAGUAUAACAAGAAUGAUACACAAGCAAGGUGCAAUUUGUGUAUCACUGAAGCGACUCAUAGCAGGCAUCAAUCGUCAAACAGGCGUUCAGAUGAAAUCCUUUUAUGAAGUGAAUAUGGGAAGAAUUGAGAAGCUAUGGAAUGAGAUUGAAUCCAUUAAUUUUGAAAUUUGGGAGUACACCAACAAUCCGACUACAGUGGGAUAUAAACUCGAUGAGUAUCUCGAAAUAGAAGAAUUGGUUCAGUCAACUUUAAUUUCGUUAGCUUCAAUGAAAGCAAAUAAUGAACAAUUACAACAAGGAAUCAGUAAACCAGACAGCGCUGGGAUAUCACUGCCUAAGGUAACAAUACCAAAAUUCGAUGGCGAUUAUUUGAAGUGGUGUCAAUUCUAUGAUUUGUUCACCGAAAUGAUUCACAAGCAGCAGCUUUCUAACGCUCAAAAAAUGUGGUAUCUCAAAGGUAGUUUAACAGGAGAAGCAGAAGGUUUAGUCCGACACCUGUCAAUAACCAACGAGAAUUAUCAAACGGCAUGGAAUUUGCUACAAGAACGAUAUCACAACAAAAGAAUUAUUGUAGCAACAAUCAUUCAAAGAAUUCUAAAUCAACCAAUAAUAUCAACCAAUCCUUCAGCGACAGAAAUAAGGACACUCCAUGAUGUUACUUUUGAAGGAUUGCUGGCACUGAAGAAUGUGGGACUCGAAACUGAUUCAUGGUCGCCGCUACUGCUUCAUAGUUUGCUCCUCAAACUAGAUAAGCAGACUCGCAUUUUGUAUGAACAGUCGCUGACUCAUCCAAGAGAGAUUCAGUCGAUUAAGGAGUUCAUGAUUUUCCUGGAAUCACGAUUCCAGUCCUUAGAGGCGAUUGGUUAUAGGGAGAAGCCAUGCUCAGCAAAAACCCUUGCCACAACGAUGGGAAAGGCAAAUAUAUCAACCUGUAAGAUCUGUAAUAAUGGAUCACAUCCGAUAUAUUAUUGCAAAACAUUCUUGCAAUCAACACCACAAGGUCGUAUCAAGACAGUACAAAAACUUAGACUGUGCUUGAACUGCUUACGUACAGGCCAUAGGGCAGCAGAAUGCAAAAGUUCCCGGUGCAACAAGUGCAGCAAGAACCACAAUUCGUUGUUGCACUUAUCAGAGUCUUCCAAGACAACACACAAAUCGAUCAAUGUCAAAUCAGAUUCAUUGGUUGAGAAACCUGGUCAUCAACCUUCUACUGUAAUCACAGCAUUAACACAAAAUAAGGGAUACGUUCUUCUUAGUACAGUUAAUAUGAAAAUAGCUACGUUUGAUGGUGAUUUCAUUGAGUGCAGAGCAAUACUCGAUUCUGGAUCACAAAUAAACUUAAUCACAGAAAAACUGGCAAGAAAAUUAAAAUUGCAGUUACACUCAUCACCGUUAUGGAUAGAAGGAAUUGGUAGAAGCAAAAGGGACACAAAAUACAGUGUGACAACAAAAAUUCAGUCUCGAAUUAAUGAUUUCAAUGUAAAUAUCAACGCAUUCGUGAUGCCUCGAAUUAUCUCAGCCCAACCAACACAGUGUCUGGACACUUCUGGUUGGUCAAUUCCUCAAAAUAUAAAAUUGGCUGAUCCAGACUUCGCGAAUCCAAAUCAAAUUGACUUAUUAAUUGGAGCAGAAUUCUAUCACAGCUUUUUAUCGAUUGGUCAAAUCAAAAUAGGUGAGGGUCUACCUGCACUUCAGAACACGGUUUUCGGAUGGAUAUGCAGUGGCAAAGUUAGCAACGGUAAUCAAAAAUUACUUACCUGUGGCAUGUGCAGCGAAGCUGACGACGAAGCAUUGGAUAAUAUACUUACUAAAUUCUGGCAAUUGGAGGAAAUCAAUCAAACGGAUGACAAAUUCACUGAUGCAGAAAAGAAAUGUGAAGAAUCUUUUGCUCAAAAUACUCACCACAAUCAUGAAGGGCGAUUUGUCGUGAAACUACCAUUUAAGGAGGAUACAACUGUUCUUGGUGAAUCCAUGCAGAUGUCGAUGAAUCGAUUUUUUAGUCUUGAACGUCGGCUGUUGAAGAAUUCUGAACUAAAGAAGAUGUACGUUGACUUCAUGCGAGAGUAUGAACAUCUCGGCCACAUGGAAAAAAUCAAUCAGGAUGAUAUAAUGCAUCCACAUUACAUUUUGCCACAUCAUUGUGUAAUCAAGGCAGAUAGUACUACAACAAAGCUUCGAGUGGUGUUUGAUGCAUCUGCAAGAACAUCAACCGGAGUCUCACUCAAUGAUAUCAUGCAUAAUGGUCCAGUCGUGCAAACCGAACUCUCAUCCAUUUUACUGCGUUUCAGGAAACCACGCUUCGUUUUUACAACAGAAAAGAUGUAUCGGCAGAUACUAAUUGAUCCAAGAAAUGAAUAUCUUCAAAUCAUUAUCUGGCGAGAGUCACCAGAGGAAAACUUGUGCUAUUACAAAUUAAAAACGGUAACGUAUGGCACAAGAGCAGCGCCGUAUCUGGCAACUAAGUGUCUACAAACCCUGGCCAGAGAGCAUGCCGUUAAAUUUCCGCUUGGUUCCGCUACACUCAGCAAGGAUUUUUAUGUCGAUGACGGUUUAAAUGGCUCAGACAGUCUCACGGAGGCAAUUGCAACAAAGGAUCAACUUAUUAAAAUAUUGGCGACAGCUGGUUUCAAACCUCGCAAGUGGUGCGCAAAUAAUGCCCAAUUACUUCAAGGACUCGCUCCAGAAGAUCAAGAAGUUGAUCUCGAUGUCAGCAGUGAGUCACAUAAGACAGUAAAAACUCUAGGCCUUAUCUGGCUACCAAAAUCUGAUCAGUUUUCAAUAAAAACUAACGGACCUAUACACAGCAAAAUAACAAAGAGGACCGUAAGUUCCGAGUUGGCGCACAUUUUUGAUCCACUUGGAUUAAUGGCUCCCGUAGUAGUGAAGGCGAAAAUAUUUGUUCAAAGAUUGUGGCAGUUAAAACUUUCGUGGGAUGAAGCUCUGCCUGCUGAAAUGCAUACUCAAUGGACCCAUUUUCGUCAGAGCUUAUGUGAAAUAAACAAUGUGAAGAUUCCACGACAUAUAUGUCAUCAUAAACAACCAAGGAAUACUCAGAUUCAUGUAUUUACUGAUGCCUCCGAAAGGGCCUAUGGAGCUGCCAUUUACAUCAGAGCCGAAAUGACUGAUCGAACUAUCUCAGUUCAGUUACUUUGUUCAAAAUCACGCGUCGCUCCAUUAAAAACGCAGACAAUACCAAGACUUGAGUUAUGUGCGGCUUUACUAGGAGCACAAUUGGUAGUAAAGGUAAAAAAGGAUUUGGAAUAUGAACAUCAUCCGAUAUUUAUGUGGACUGAUUCUGAGAUAACAUUGCAUUGGAUCAAUUCAGAACCAUCAACAUUCCAAACUUUCGUUGCUCAUCGUAUCAGUAAGAUUCAGCAAUUAACACUAAAGGAACAGUGGAGGCAUGUCAAUACUAAACAAAAUCCAGCUGAUCUAUUAUCCAGAGGUGUAGAUCCAAUUUACAUUCAGAAGAAUGCAAUGUGGUUUUAUGGGCCACUUUUCCUUCAUGGAAAUCAAGAAUGCUGGCCCCAACCAUUCCGUCAGGAAUUGAUAACAUCCGACCAUAUACAAGCGGAAGUCAAAAGGAAGGUACAUGUGCUUACAAUUUCACAUGAUGAUGAACUAAUCAAAAUGAUUUAUACGAUAAGGCAUGGAAACUCAUUCAUAAGGUUGCAACGAAUUCUUGGCUAUGUGUUGAGAUUCAUCAAAGGGUUACGUAAUAAGAGCAAGCACAACGACAUCAAUUUGACACCAUUAGAACUGGAUGAGUCAUUACUCAUAAUUAUAAAAGCCAUACAGCUAAGUGAUUUCAAUGAAGAACGACAUCAACUCUUAAAGAAAAGGGAUCUAAAGGGAAGCAGUAGUCUCCACGGACUUUCUCCAUUUAUCGAUGAUAGUGGCGUCAUCGGGGUUGGAGGUCGAUUGACGUCAACACAUCUUACCUACGAUGCCAAACACCCCAUGCUGCUGCCAUAUAACGAUCCAAUAGCUAAGCUCAUAAUGAAACAUUUACAUGAGAAGGGACUUCACUGCGGACCGCAAACAUUAUUAGCCCAGUGCAGGCAGCGAUUUUGGCCAAUAAAAGGCAAGAUUAUGGCUCGAUCCAUUGUGCAACAUUGUGUACAAUGCACUCGAGUACGCCCACACAUGUUCAAACAAAUCAUGGGCAAUCUACCAGCUGACAGAGUCCAAGCUCAAAGACCUUUUUUCAACGCAGGUGUGGACUUCUGUGGUCCCAUAUGGAUACACCACAAAAUUAGAGGCAAAAGACCAUGCAAAGCGUACAUCGCAGUGUUUUGCUGCUUCUCCACGAAGGCAGUACAUUUGGAAGUGGUUAGUGAUCUCACCACAGAUGCAUUCUUAGGCGCUUUGAACCGGUUUACGUCAAGAAGAGGUCGAUGUCAGAACUUAUAUUGUGACAACGCUACUAAUUUUGUGGGCGCUAAAAAUCAAAUGAACGAGUUAGCUGAAAGCAUUCACAGCACAAAUGCUCAAAACAACAUAAUAAGAUCCUGUUCAGCUCAAGGAAUUGUUUUUCAUUUUAUACCUCCGAGAGCACCACAUUUCGGAGGAUUAUGGGAAGCUGCUGUCAAAUCAGCUAAAUAUCUAUUGGUGCGAACUAUUGGCAACGUGUCACUCACUUACGAGGAAUUGGAAACAGUGGUAACCCAAAUUGAAAGUAUGCUGAACUCCAGACCAAUAACACCGUUGUCAUCAGACCCAAAUGACCCGGCUGCCCUCACACCAGGACACUUCUUAAUAGGAGAACCGCUAACAGCCCUUCCAAGUAGGUCAGAAACUACAACCAAACAAUCGCUUUUAACCAGGUGGAAGCUGGUGAAUCAUCUAAAAAACGAGUUCUGGUCAAGAUGGUCAAAGGAGUAUCUUAAUGAGCUACAGUGUCGCACUAAAUGGAAGGACCAAUCACCUGACGUCAAAGAAGGAAUGCUGGUAAUCAUUCAAGAAGACAACGCUCCUCCGCUUCAAUGGCCUCUGGGCAGAAUCAUCAAAUGCUAUUCCGGUAAUGAUGGAAGAAUCAGAGUUGUAGAUGUCAAAACGAAAAACGGGAUUUGGAAGCGUCCAAUACAUCGGCUAGCACCAUUAUUGUCGGAAGAUUGUUCAACCCCCAUGAUGCAACUUGGUAGAUGUGAUGAAGAAAAGCCUAGAAAACGAGCAAAACUCAACAGCAACAUGCAAUGUCCGAGUACCAUAGAAGAAACAUCAUAUAGAAUGAUUAAUCAUUUGAACAACACUUUACCUGAUAAUGGAUCUGCUGAAGUGGAGUUAAAAGAAAUUUUUUCAACCUAUGCUGUUGAUAUAAUUGCUUCAGUUAUAUUUGGUUUAGAGACAAAUAGUUUUGAAGACCCGAAUAAUUUGUUCCUUAGUGUAAGCCAUAAAGCCAAUGAACCGACAUUAAAAGCUGUGCUUCGAAGUACUUGCCAAUUUCUAUAUCCAAAUUUAGAAAAGUUCUUUGUAAUGUUGGGUUGGACUGAGGAAGCACCAGAAACAAUGAAGCAAAUUGUACGUAAGACUAUUGAAUAUAGAGAAAAUAAUAAUGUUAUUCGUCGAGAUAUGCUUCAAUUAUUACUACAACUCCGCAAUACUGGCAAGAUAAGUACAGACGAUAAUGAAUGGUCCGUUGAAACAACAGCAGAUGCUUUUAAGUCCAUGUCUGUGGAAAUGAUAGCCGCGCAAUUGUUCCUGUUUUAUGUGGCUGGUUUUGAUACAACAGCAUCUGCAGUUUCUUUUACAAUUUACGAACUAUCACAAUAUCCAGAACUCUUAGCAAAAGCUAAAAAGGAAGUAGAGGAGACCUUAGCGAAGUAUGAAGGCAAACUGAGUUAUGAAUGUGUACAGGAUAUGAAAUUCUUAGAUUUGUGUGUUAUGGAAACUGUACGUAAAUAUCCUGGAUUACCCAUAUUAAAUCGUGAGUGUACAGAAGAUUAUCAAAUACCAAAUUCAAAAAUGGUCAUUAAAAAAGGAACUGGAAUAAUUAUUUCUCUAUUUGGUAUACAUCGUGAUCCAGAGUAUUUUCCUGAUCCAUUGCGAUAUGAUCCAGAACGGUUUCUAGAAGAAAAUAUGAACUACAAUCCUGUCGCUUAUAUGCCUUUCGGCGAAGGACCUCGUCAUUGCAUUGCUCAACGCAUGGGUAAAUUAAAUGCCAAAGUAGCCCUAGCUCAAAUUAUUACAAAUUUUGAUAUUAAAAUAAGAGAAAAACCUUCCGAAAUUGAAAUCGAUAAUUAUGGUGUACCUUUAGUUGCUAAAGGUGGUAUAAAUGUAAGUUUAUCAAAAAAAAUAAAAACAAAAUAA